AUGGACAAUUGCAAACCGAUUGUUACUCAUGUCGACACUAAGUCGAAGCUUAGUGCUCAUGAUGGUGAGCCAAUGCAGGAUCCCUCUCUGAUCUACAGGAGUCUAGCAGGUGCCCUUCAGUACCUCACUUUCACCGAACCUGACAUUGUUUAUGUCGUUCAGCAGGUUUGUUUAUUCAUGCAUGCUCCUAGGGAACCUCAUUUUAAUGCUCUUAAUCGUAUUAUCAGAUAUAUCAAAGGCACUUUUGAUCAUGGCCUACAUUUGUACCGUCCUACACCUACGAGCCUUACUUCCUUCACAGAUGUCGAUUGGGUCGGCUGCCCGGACAUUCGGCGCUCCACUUCGGGGUAUUGUGUUUAUUUGGGUGAUAAUCUGGUCUCAUGGUCCGCAAAACGACAGGCUACAUUGUCCAAAUCAAGUGCCGAAUCAGAAUAUAGAGGUGUCGCUAAUGUUAUUUCUGAACUAUGUUGGCUCCGGAAUCUUCUUCUCGAGUUACAUUGCCCUAUUCGACGGGCAUCCUUGGUUUAUUGUGAUACUACUUCUGCCGUAUACUUAUCUUGCAACCCGGUACAACACCACCGUACCAAGCAUAUUGAGAUAGACAUUCAUUUUGUCCGCGACAAGGUUGCUCUCGAUGAAAUUAAGGUCUUACAUGUUCCUUCGCCAUCCCAGUACGCAGAUAUUUUCACCAAAGGAUUACCUCGCCAACUAUUCUUAGAUUUCAAAGACAGUCUCAGCGUCCGUCCUCCUACCGCUUCGACUGCGGGGGUGUGUUAG